AUGGCGAGGAAGAGGCACCGAAUACCGGAGGUCCUCCGCAGGACGUUCGGCGACAGAGCGCGCACAUUGGGGGAGACGAUCCUGUCCCUGUCCCCGAAGCCGCCGCCGAAGCAAGUAGAGUGCCUCUGUAGGGGGCGGGGAUGCGUGCGAUGUGGAGGCUCGUCAUUCCUGCUCCGGCAAGAAGAUGGUCCAGAUUAUCGUCAGCUCCUCAACCGCUGCUUCUGCGUCGUCUCACCAGGCGCUCCGGAACUCACCGACCUCUGCUACAGGGGAGAGUGGACGCAGAGACUGGUCAGUGACGUCGUAUAUGAAACCUGCCAUUUAUUUCUAAAUGCAGUUAGAACUGAAUGGUUGGUGCCUAAGGAAAUCGGUCUUCCAGGACGGUUCUCACAUGGUCGUCGCGAACUUCGCUCUGGUUAAUGUUUCUAUUCAGUAGUUCCAGAGCUUGGCCGUUUCACUAAUGCCGUCGUAUCCCGGAAAAAAAAUGUUUUCAUCCUUUCCUUAGCCUUUUUAUGCUACGGCGUAAAUUUCGCAGUGUAUCGUGCAUCGCAGGAUACUGACUAUACCGAUGACAAACUCUGGCCUAUUUGUCCACCAACAAUUUAUUUGAUAGGUCGAGCGGACUUUCGUCGCGUCUGUGUUUAGGAGAUGAUCGUAUCGUUACGCUCUACAUAUUUCUUGAAACUUCUGGAACUUCCUCUCUUCCACACCCAUAAUACGUUAGAGAGAGUGCCUUCUUCGUCACAAGUAUUCCUAACAUCACGUCUCUCAUCUAUCUCUUAUUUAAGGUGAGAUUGACUUAUUUUAAGAUUACCUGCAAAGCAUGAAGAGAUUGGCGAUUUGAGUUUUAUAAAUAUCUACUCGUUAUGCUCUUAAAAAUGGGCGUAAAGAUGAAACCUGGGGAUAUCCUUAAUGCAUUCCAGCUGUCUUAAAUUUGUGCUUUUUAAAAAAAAAACCAAAUAUGUAGGGGUUUCUUUUAUUUUUCGCUAUGCGAAAUUAUAAGGAAACGAGACGUAUAACAUUUAAAUAAUCUUCAAACGCAGACUUCUCGAGAGUAAAAUUGUUAAGCUAUUUGUUACUCUCCCAAUACGAAAAGAAGUGAGAAACAAGUGAUUUGCUUGAAAUCUGCUUGCAUGAAAUUAUACCUUCUCCCUUCUUACAGAUAAUUUCGAAAGUCAGGAACUCUAUGUUGAGAAACGAGUGCUUGCUGAUUACUACUGUUACCAGUUCCAUUAGUCCCCUUAAACUGCUUAAGUAAUCUAUGCAUUACCCGUAGCAACAUAUUCGCCGAAUUCAUUCCUCAUCGUUUCAUCAAUUUAUCAAUACGAUAGCAAAGUUGCUUUUACCUAAAAGGCAUAUAUUCGAAGCAAUUUCCAUUUGUAGUGGAACCUUUUUGGUUUCCUGUAGGUGUAAUUUUUCCAAAUAAAAAUGUGACUUACUUUUCGGCCCAAAAGUGCUUUUGAUGUUAAGUCACUUGAUGAUCCAGGAAUAGUAACUUAACAAGUUGUUGUAUUAAAUCGUUUUACUCCGAUUAUAUUAAUUUUGUUUCUGACUUUCAUGCUACUGUUUGUUACUGAAAAUAUUGAACUAUCCUUUCUCUCCUUCUCUCAAUUCUAACUUUUAUUUGAUGUGCUAAUUAGUGGCAACUCUGGUGGUUACGUGUGAAUCUUUGUGAAAUUAAUUAUAAAAUUUAAUACAAAUUUAUUGAAUGCCUUCGUGAUCCAGUUUUUGUCUACUGUUCCAGGUUCUGGAAUCAUUAUUUCAUGCUUAUUUCACCACUAUCGUUUGCUACUUAUUUGGUUUUAUUCUGUUUUUGUAAUUGUAUUGCAGAUUGUGAGGUACACAGUGGAAUCACUUAUAGGUAGAUCACAUUCAUAUGAUAAUGUAUUACGCGAGGGCUAUGAUGAGGUGAAUUAUUUAAACUUACUAUGCAUCAUUUUUUCAAUGCAUAUUCAUGUACUUGACAAGAACUUCUUUCAAAACGAUUUGUGAUUAGGACAUCUUCCCCCCUCCCCAACCCCUCAUGAGAAAAGUAAUUGAAUAUGCAUUUCUUUGUAAAAUUGAAAUGUGUUAUAGCAUUCUCAUUAGCGCAAAGUAUUCAUUAUCAACUUAAGAAACAACUUCAGGUCCUCAUCAAAUUCUCAUUGGUCCAACGAGUAGGAUGAUGAUUCACAUGGUAGUACUACGGAUUCUAGAUACUUAUGGUUAAAUAUUAAGGACGUUAAUGAUGUCAACGUCUAAAGCUUGGAAACAAUCAUGUUUUUCUUAGGGACUGUAUGACCAAGGUUAUGUAUCAUUUUGCUAUGGAUUAUUUGAAUUGUAUCAUGUUUGGAACAUUAAAAAGCACCACCUAGAAUAUUAUACCCCAACAUACAUGGUGGUGCUGGUCAAACCAAUUUGGACUUAACAAGAUGUUUUUUUUUUAUCAUAUUGUAUUUCUGGUUAGUAUUUUUCUAGAAUGUUUUAGGUUAAUGUGACCCACAAUGUCAAAAGAUUUUCUUCAAACCAGGCCCAGAUUUCUCAUAAUGGAAAAUGUGCUGUAAUGAAACGUUCAACAAAUGAUUUUGUGAAAACUUGUGCGCCUAUAUUUCAAGGAUAUUAUGAAAUCUAGUUUUCCUUUAUGCCGGUGAAAAAUUAGGAAAAUUGUUACCACAAAUGUCUCUUUUUCAAGUAGAAACGGAAAAUACUGUAGUUCAUGAAAAGUUAGUAGGUGGUAAGUUCACGUCUGUUUGUUCAAUGGUUGUUUCUUAAAAUUUCCAUUUCUCCACCGCUAUUGCCGUAAUGGAUAGUUAGAAGAGUGGACGUGAUUUAACAAUAUUUCAUUAGUAGGUCAAAAUACAAAUAUUAUUGACAUUUCUUUUCAAAUUGAAGGACGGUUGUAGGAGUAAGAUAUGUGGGAACAUGAUGGUAAACUUUUAUAUAAAGUGGGGGUGUACUAGUUGCACUUCUCUUGGAAAUUAUAACAGGGAUAAUUAAUGCCGUCAGGAAUCAAUCAAAGUUAAAUACCUCCACAACUGGAAAACUUUAAUUGUGGUCAGAAAAGCUCAGGAUGAUAUUAUCACUAUGUAUUCAUGUAAGUGGCUGGAGGAAAAUAAUGAAGAUACAAAUUGUAUGCGAGUUUUUGAAUUCUCUUUAUGUGUGGUUGUUAAUUUUAUUGUUAUCAUCUUCCAUUCCUGUCCCUAGUUAUUUGUUUCUUCUUUUAUUCUGUCCAAAGUACCCUACCUUUUUUAUUUGAUAUACCACGUGUUAAGUGUAGUCAUUGAAGCAGUAGCUUCGAUUUAUAUUUAUGUUACUCAAAUUGACAUGAGAAAGAAUGGAAACCCACUUUAGAAUCUAUAUGCCACAAAUUUGACUUGAAGUUAUUUAUGUGAUUACUAGGCUUGUUUAUGUUAUAAUGUCGUCUUAAUUUGAAUAUUUUGUAUGUCUGGAACUUUCAAAGAGAGAUUGUAUGCUUUGAGAGAGCUGCUGACCAGUGGCCAAACAGAACUUAAUAUUCAUUUAUUUCCUUCAGCAAAGCCGUAUCAGCCUCAAUGGUGAAUUUCUUUGUGAUCCAGCUUGGAAUCUUCUUUUGACAAGGGUACGUGCUCGAGUUUCUUAUGCGUUUUAAAUUGUUUUUUAUGAUUAUAUGUUAAAUGUUUGCAUUGCUCAUUUCUCAGAUAAAGAAUUAUUUAUACCGAAUGUCAUAAAUUUCACUGAAGGGUAACGUAUUAAUGAAUUCUCUUUUUGGUUGCUUUUCAGAUCGGAGAAUCAGCAAUGACAUUUCUUCUGAAAUAUUCAUCUAUCUUUAUUCCUCUUCCAACCAAUAAUCACCAUCAGGUCACAGGUCCCUUAUUAAAUAAAGUUCUUCAAAGCCUUAAUCUUUCACAUAAGCCUGUGAUUCCCAUAUUGCCAUCCAAAGAUCUGCAAACCUUAACAACAGGAGACCAUAUUGACAAUGGUAACUUUUCUGCAUUGUUUAGUUAUCAACUUUCUCUAUUGCACUUUUUUAUCUUACAUUUUUUAAAGAAAAAACUAUGUUAUACAUACUUUAUACUGCCUUUCCUUAGAAUAAUGUAUUAUUAACCUAUAUUUUUUUUUACUAAGACGUUAUUGUGAAACUUAUUUGAAUUGAACCUCAUAAGUCCGUACGAUCAUUAAACACAGUUUUCAUACUUGCAUGAAGAAAAUUAUAGAGCGCAAAGGUAUUUCUCAAACAAACCUUGUCUACAUAAAAAACGGUGAUCUUAUACAUCAAUCUAUCAGUCAGUGUAGCCAUGAUUAUUUUGUGCCCUUUGGUGAUAAUCUUGUACGGCCUAUUCAAUAUGCCCAUCAGCAGAUACUUACUAUUUCAUUGUGUGUCCCUUCUUUCCAAUAAAGAAUCACAGGAAAAUUCGCAUUUCUUUUUUUCGAAAUGAUGAUCACCAUCUUAGAGUCUAAGGGAUUCGCAGAUUUGUCUUAGUCGCCUCACAGCCGUGCUGGUUGAAAAGGGGACAGUCGUUCGGAUCUGGAGCUUUAUCCUGAUCCAUCUCUGUAAUUGUUACGUUCACCUCUUCUAUGAGAGAAGUUCAGGUUCAAGGCUAUGCCUCCUUGGUGAGCUUUGGUAGGUCCUCGGUGAUAACUAGAUCCAGGUAUCUUGCUUUAAAAAAUACAGUUCGUUAUAUGGAUUUCUUUCCUGAUCUCGUUCUUGCUGGUUCAUGUAUCUUCUGCUAACAUUGUUUUAUUUGCUUUGUAUUCUUCAGCCAUAUGCUUCCUUAUGCAAUACUCUUGUUUACCCCCUGUAGAUGUAGCACAUUAGUCUUCUGGUUGCCCUAAAGCUAUUUUUCCAUCAGAUUCCCUGUAUCCGACACCAUUUGAAGUCCUCAACAGCAUCAGUGGAUUCUUAGCGAGCCAUAUCCCUUUUUUUCAAUUCAGUUAACCCCAUCCUAAAUUGCAAACUCAUGUUUGGCGAUUAAAUUUCGAGUCCAUCUUAAUUAUCAUUUGCCCUGUUGCUAAAAGAAAUUAUAAUGAGCUAUGCUCUGCUUCGUUCCAGGACAUCGUAUUCGUAUCUUUUAUGGGGAUCUUUGCUGUUGAUCAUUAAAAGCAUUGUGCAGUCAUGGUUCAUCCUUUCACUAUAACAGAUAGAAAAUAUAUUUUUCCUCUACGUGUUUCUUACUUCCAAAAGUACUCUUUUAGAAAAGUGUGUUCCAAGACUCAUGUAACGAUCAUUUCUUAUAAAAGAGGUUUAUUAUUCUAUUUUCUUCACUAGGAUGCGAAUCGAAGAGGAAGAAACGGAAAUUUGAAGCAAAACAGAAGAUAUUUCCCCCUUUCAAUCAUCAUGGUGAAUCAGUAGAAGUCCAGAACAAAUAUUAUGACGUAUAUGGUAAGCCCCAGAAGUAUGUUGGACCAUUUUACUGGAAGCAAUAUAAAAAGAUUAGGUGUAUGAAGGUGAUGGAAGGGAGCAUAGUGAAAGAUCCUUUGGACAUGAACACCAAUGAAGGCGAAUCAAAUACGCCGCUCCAACGUAAAUGCAGCAUGUGCCUCUCGUUUCACUCCCAUUCUCUUGAUUGCCGAGAUAUGUCUGAUAUAAUAACCCAAAAACCUGCCUUGGACUCACAUAAAUCUGUUCUCAUGCCUCGAGUGCAAAUUGCUAAAGGGGAUAUGAAGAUGGAGUCUGACUCUUCAACAGCGGCACAUCUUGGACCAGUUAUUUCUCAAUGUUUUCAGACCAACAGUGAAUAUUUCGCUUCACCAGGUGUCGGCAUCUGUUCUACCUCUGAAGUCUUUGCUAAAUCCAGAAAGCGUAAAAGAUUAUAUAGUUGGCAGCGUCAUACAAGAUGCAAGAAAAGAAACACCUUAGAUAGGUCAAAUAGCCGUUCCAGUAUUAUCAAUGACAAGGAAAGCUCAAGCAGUUUCCUCCAAUGGGAGCCGGACCUCCAUCGCGAAUUGCCAGAACAAAUGACGAAAAUCAAUUAUCCUAUAAUUAAAAAAAAAUACAAAGAGACAAAUCAAUAUUCCACCGAUAUUGCAAUACCCAAUCUUCUUGAGGACGGAGUAAUUCAUUGUGAAACUUUCAACCGUGAGCAAAAUGUGAAGCAUCUAAACACAAAUGUAAUGUUACUUCUGACUCAAUGGGAGCAGUUUAUGUUUUAUGUGAUAUCUUGGACUUCAUAUUUUUCUUUGGUGGAAAAGUUUAUGUUAUGUUAG